UCACGCCACACGGCCCACACGUCUUCUGCUACCAGCCGAAACUUUUAAAACCAACACACCAGCCUGCAGCCUGCAGGCUUGCGGCCGAGCUCACUCAAAACCGCCGGUGCGUCACUCCUUCCCUCCCUCCCGUCGUCAUCCCCCAACCGAAAAAAGAGAACGCCAUGUUCUUCUCCGUCGCCUCCUCGCCCUUAUCCCCCCUCCCUCUCCCCCUUAACCCUCCAACCCCUUCUUCUUCUUCUUCUUCUUCUUCUUCUUCUUCUUCUUCUACCUCUCAACCUCUCCUCUCUUCUCCAUUUAAGACCCUCCCCUUAUCACUCUCACUCCCCUCUUCUUCUUCUUCUUCUUCUUCUUCUUCCUCUUCUUCUUCGCUCUCUUCUCUCUCCAUUGGUCGCUUCUCGCACCGGAGUCGUCGCCUUACCGCCUCCGCAACCAUGGAGAACACUCUUCUCCCCGAGUCCCCCCUUUCUCAGGACUUAUUGUCAUAUUCAAGGGCUUAUUGGGUUGCAAGAUCGCUCAUUGCUUGGAAUGUUGAUGAGGAUGAUAAUUCUAUCUAUCUCUAUGCUAGCAAAAAGGCUAACAUGUUCCUAUCAGAUGACGGCGUUGGAGGUUAUGAUGUGAAAAUUCAGCUUGAACCAGAUCAUUGUGCGCUUCCGGCAAACGUGACCGAGAAGUUUCCUCAUAUUAAAGAUUACAGAGCUUUUAAGGUUCCAAACUCGGAUGUUCAAAACCUUCUGAAAAGCCAGUUAGCUGUUGCUUCUUUUUAUGCCAAUGGGAAAUGCAAGAAUGCUACUGGUCUCCAAUUGCCUGGAGUCUUAGAUGACAUGUUUGCAUAUAAUGGUCCACUUGGUGCAGUAUUCAGUAAGGAAGCAAUUGCACUUUAUCUUUGGGCUCCUACAGCACAAGAUGUGAGUGCGUGUUUCUAUGAGGAUCCAUCAGGUGGGGUUCCACUGGAGUGCAUCCAACUCAAGGAGCUAAAUGGUGUUUGGAGUGUUGUUGGUCCAAGAAGUUGGGCAGGCCGCUAUUAUGUUUAUGAACUUUCCGUGUAUCAUCCAAGUACUUCAAGAAUUGAGAAAUGUGAAUCAAAUGAUCCUUAUGCUAGAGGGCUUUCUUCAGAUGGAAAGCGGACUUGGUUGGUCGAUCUUGAUUGUGAAGAUUUGAAACCAGCUGGCUGGGAUGAAUUGGCAGAUCAAAAGCCAAGCCUUCAUUCUUUUUCUGAUAUCAGCAUAUAUGAGUUGCAUAUUCGGGAUUUUAGUGCCAGCGACCACACUGUGGAUCCUGAUUCUCGAGGAGGUUAUCGUGCCUUCACCUCCCAGGAUUCGGCUGGUGUAUCUCAUCUUAAGAAGUUGAGUGAUGCUGGUUUAACCCAUGUGCAUCUUCUGCCAAGUUUUCAUUUUGGUGGUGUUGAUGAUAUUCAAAGUAACUGGAAAUAUCUUGAUGAGGCUGCAAUGGCAAAACUUCCUCCAGAUUCAGAUGAGCAACAAGCGCAAGUUACAGCUGUUCAGGAUGAAGAUGGUUACAAUUGGGGGUACAAUCCUGUGCUUUGGGGGGUUCCAAAGGGAAGCUAUGCUAGCAAUCCAAAUGGUCCUAGUCGGAUUCUCGAAUAUCGGCAGAUGAUUCAGGCCCUCAAUCGCAUUGGUCUUCGUGUUGUUCUGGAUGUUGUAUACAAUCACUUAAGUGAGAAUGGUCCCUUCAAUGUUAACUCUGUUCUCGACAAGGUCGUUCCUGGGUAUUACCUUCGAAGGAAUGCUGAUGGUGGCAUCGAAAAUAGCACUUGCAUGAAUAAUACUGCCAGUGAGCACUUCAUGGUAGAGCGCCUAAUUUUGGACGAUCUUCUAUACUGGGCGGUGGCUUAUAAAGUUGAUGGAUUUCGUUUUGAUCUCAUGGGACACAUCAUGAAGAGCACAAUGGUAAAAGCAAAGUCUCUUCUUCAGAGCCUAACAAAGGAUAAAAAUGGAGUAGAUGGUACAAAGAUCUACAUAUAUGGUGAAGGGUGGGAUUUUGGUGAAGUCGCGAGAAACCAACGUGGAAUAAAUGCAUCCCAAUUGAACAUUGGUGGCACUGGGAUUGGAAGUUUCAAUGAUCGAAUUCGAGAUGCAGUUCUAGGCGGAUCUCCAUUUGGUAAUCCGCUUCAACAGGGAUUUGUCACUGGUCUCUCUUUGGAGCCUAAUGGAUAUGAUCAAGGUGAUAAAUCUGUUACGGAUAGAAUGCUCUCCUCAUCAGCUGAUCACAUUCAGGUUGGAUUAGCUGGAAAUCUAAGGGACUUUGUUCUAACAUGCCACACUGGGUUACCCAUGAAAGGAUCAGAAGUUCUGACUAAUGAUGGAAUGCCAGUUGGGUAUGCUUUGUCCCCCAUGGAAACGGUCAACUACGUGUCUGCUCAUGACAAUGAGACUUUGUUUGAUAUUGUCAGCUUGAAGACUCCAGUGGAACUCUCUGUAGAUGACAGAUGUAGGAUUAAUCAUUUGGCCUCAAGCAUCAUAGCAUUGUCCCAGGGAGUACCAUUUUUCCAUGCUGGUGAUGAGAUAUUGCGGUCCAAAUCACUUGAUCGUGACUCGUAUAACUCCGGUGAUUGGUUUAACAGGCUGGACUUCAGUUAUGAAACAAACAACUGGGGUGUCGGACUUCCGCUAAGAGAAAAGAAUGAGAACAACUGGCCUCUGAUAAAACCACGGUUGGCCAAUCCAUCCUUCAAGCCUGAGAAACGUCACAUUCUUGCUACACUUAAUAAUUUUGUCGAUCUUUUGAAGAUCAGAUACUCCUCACCACUUUUUCGUUUGGAGACAACAAAUAGCAUUCAGGAACGAGUUCGAUUCCAUAACACAGGUCCGUCAUGGGUCUGUGGAGCAAUCAUUAUGAGCAUUGAAGAUGGACAUGAUGGAAAACCAGGCAUCACCCAAUUAGAUCCAAUCUACUCCUAUAUUGUAGUUGCCUUCAAUGCAUGCCCAUCUGAAGUCUCUAUAGAAGUUCCUGCGCUCAGGUCGAGAGCACUUGAAUUGCACCCUGUGCAGCUGAAAUCGGUGGAUGGGUUGGUCAAAAAGUCAACGUAUGAGGGAGUCGCCGGUCGCUUCACUGUUCCUCAGAGAACCACAGCAGUUUUUGUUGAAGUUCGGGGAACUCCUUAAUGCAUCAACUGGCGCUAGUGAGUAUGUUUUACAUAAUCACAUCUAAAUGAUGUAUGAAUAAAAGGGUAAUAAGAAUUAGGUCGGAAGAAGUUAUCUGAACUAUUCUAGUAGAAUAAAUUUGACUGCAUAAACAUAAACUCUGUAUCAGGAAUAUCUCUAUUAAUUGUUUGAAUAAAUUUGUUUCUACAUCUUCCCUUUA